AUGAGAUCAUUCGGCCUGCGAAUACGGACCUGGAACCAUUUAUUUGGGAAGCUGCAAGAGCCACAGCAGCUGCACCUUCGUGAGACCUGCUUCUCUAGUGAUCGUGUAUGCGCAUGUAUGCUGACUGAUUCAAGAUUUUUCUCUCCAGCUGACAUUCAUGGAAUUGGCUCCUUCCAAGAUGGGGGACUACGGGACAACCUAGCAGCGGACAUUGCACGACGUGUAUGCCGUCAGAUCUGGCCUUCCCGCAAAAACCCUGCAUGCCUACUGUCCAUGGGAACUGGGGUGACGCCUAGGGCGCCUGACCGAUCACCGCACUUCCGACACAUUUACCAAGACGGCUUCGUCCGUCGAGGAUUCGAUGCCUGGAUGUCUUCAAUGGACACGGAAAUGAGAUGGCUGGAAAUGGUGGACCAGCUAGAGGAUACAUUCAAGCCAGACUACCUCCGGUUCAACAUCCCACUACAAAACACAUCCGGCGCCCUUGAUACUGUAGACACAAUGGAAGAGUACCGGAACCAGGUAGCUAUCCACCCAGGAGGCGCCAGGAAGGCACGGGAGGCAGCAACCGCGCUGCUUGUGUCCAGGCUCUUCUUUGAACUGGAUAGCCUGCCUGACUGCACUACCGCUCCCCUUUGGUGUCAUAGUACUAUCCAUUGUAAAGGUCCCUCACAACAGGUGAUGGACGCAUUACACCGCUUACACCCCCAGGGACUGGACUUAACCGCCGAUUCUGAAACAAUAGGUAAACUGGAUGGCCCUAAUGAGCUUUGCUCAACAUGCGGAAGAUAUUGCCAGCCGGUAUCAUUUUUCACAGUCCACUUUGACAAAGUAAUGAGCAUUUACGUCAGAUCCAAGUCAAAACAGCGCUGGCGUAUCAGCGACUUCCCAGACAGUAUUGCAUCAAUAUCCAUGAAGCAGCAAUUACAGGCACCGUUUGGCACUAUACCCAUGGCUGUCCGGGCACAGCUCCUUGUGAAAGCUGCAAUGAGUGAAAAUAUGUUAGGGGUAAACGUCGGAAGCGUUCGUCCAUACAAUCCCAAGAGGGACGGACCAAGAGGGUACGCUAUGGAGAGCAGGGUGUGGGAGAUCAGGAUUAAACACACUCUAUUACGCGUCAGAAAUUAUACUAACUUAAAUGUACUAUGA